GCAGCCAAGGACCUUGGUGUGCAAAAYAGCUGAAAGCUUCCUUCAGGAUGAGAGCAAGGCAGCUGGUCUGUGGAAUUUGGAGUCUGUGUUUCAUGUUGUGGCUUUUCUGCAUCUUUCUUCACCAAACCACAGCUAAAAGAAAACUGAAGUUUGUGUCUGUAGUAUUUCGCCAUGGUGAUCAUACCCCACAGGAGUAUUUUCCAAUUGAUAAGCACAAAGAAAUUGCAAGACAACUGGGUUAUGGCCAACUUACCAAGCUUGGCAUACAGCAGCAGUAUGAGCUUGGCCAGUACAUGCAGAGGAGAUACUCUCAGUUCCUGAGCGUUGUAUACAAGCAGUGUGAGAUUUAUGUUCAAAGCACUGACUGUGAUCACACACUUAUGAGUGCUCAGGCCAGUCUUGCUGGACWGUACCCACCAACACAGGGCCAGAUUUGGAACUCCAGAAUCCUUUGGCAGCCAAUUCCAGCUCACACAGAGCCACUGUCACAUGAUAAUUUGCUAUACCUACCUUUCUCACACUGCCCAAAAUACAAUCAGCUUCUGAGAGAAACCUUCGCAACAAGGGAUUUCCGUAGGCAAUUCAAGCACUACAACCCAUUUCUGGAGUUUUUAGCCACUCAUACAGGAUACCCAUUGAAGAAGCUUAACACGGAAAGAAUUUGGAAGCUCUCCRACACUUUACAAUAUGAGGAUAUUAACAAUUACAGUUUACCUGUUGUUUGGGCUACUCACAGAGUCAGGACCAAGYUGAUAAAGCUUUCAGAAUUGUUAUUGCAGGCGGAAUUUGGGCUCCACAAACAAAUACAAAAGUCACGUUUGAAGGGAGGUAUUCUUUUAAAAACUAUUCUAAAGCAUAUCUCAGAUGCUAGAAAGCCUUCACACCAUAAAAAAAUGGUUAUGUWUUCUGCGCAUGCAGCCACCRUUGCUGCCUUGCAGGUGGCACUCAAUGUCUUCAAUGGGAAAUUUCCCCCUUACAGUGCCUGCCAUUUUUUUGAACUUUACCAGGAAAAAAAUGGGCAAUACACCAUAGAAAUGUACUAUYGGAAUAAUUCUUUGAGGGAGCCUCACCCCCUCACUCUCCCUGGCUGCAAAUUCCGCUGUCCCCUGGAGAGAUUUACUCAGCUGGUCUCUCCCAUCCUCGUACACUAUUGGUCAAGAGAAUGMAGAAUGUAGGACAUCAGA